AUGGCUCCUUCGGCAGAUACAUCAUUCGCCGCCCACGUGGCCAACCAGUUCACCAGCUACGAGAUUGACCGCAAGUCAGCUUCGGGUGAUGUCAUCUACACGACCAGCAAUGGUGCCCCUAUCCCGCACCCAUAUGAAUCCCAGCGAGCGGGAGAGAACGGUCCGCUUCUACUGCAGGACUUCCAUCUAAUUGAUCUAUUAUCUCACUUUGAUCGGGAGCGAAUCCCCGAGCGUGUUGUCCACGCAAAGGGCAGCGGGGCUCAUGGCUUCUUCGAGUGUACGGAUCCCAUUCCGGAGCUCACAUCGGCCGACAUCUUCUCCGCGAAGGGCAAGCGAUGCCCGGUCACGGCGCGCUUCUCGACCGUCGGUGGCGAGUCGGGCUCCCACGACCUCGCCCGCGAUCCUCGAGGGUUUUCAGUCAAGUUCAGGACGGAGUCCGGGAACUGGGAUGCUGUGUUUAACAACACACCCGUCUUCUUCUUGAGAGACCCAGCCAAGUUCCCACACUUCAUCCACACCCAGAAGCGCGACCCAGCUACACACCUGACGCACGCUGAUGACUCGACAAUGUUCUGGGAUUACCUGAGCAAUAACCCCGAGUCCAUUCAUCAGGUGAUGAUCCUCAUGGGUGACCGAGGUAUCCCAGAUGGGUAUCGUAAAAUGCACGGCUAUUCAGGCCACAGUCUCAAGUUCGUCAACAAGGACAACGACUGGGUCUAUGUCCAGAUCCACUUCAAGUCCAUGCAGGGUACCGGUUUUAUCACGCAGGAGGACUCGGCGAAGUACUCACCGGACUACUCCCAAAAAGACCUGUAUGAGGCUAUCGAGAACGGUGACUACCCCAAGUGGACGGUCGAGAUCCAGACCAUGACUCCCAAGCAGGCCGAGGAAGCAUGGGAGACGCAGGGCAUCAACGUCUUUGACCUCACCCACAUCUGGCCCCAGGCCCAAUUUCCGCGCCGAAAGAUUGGCGAAUUUACUCUGAAUGAGAAUGCCGUCAACUACUUUGCCGAGAUCGAACAGGUUGCCUUCAGUCCCUCGCACUUGGUGCCGGGCAUCGAGCCCAGUGCGGAUCCUGUCCUCCAGUCCCGCCUCUUCUCGUAUCCGGAUACUCAUCGUCACCGCAUCGGAGUCAACUACGUGCAGCUGCCCGUCAACGCUCCGCGGACGGGGUUCAGGCACGGGAACUUCCAGCGCGACGGCGGCAUGGCUUUCUACAACCAGGGCGGUCGCUCCAAUUAUCUAUCAUCGAUCGACCCCAUCCAGUUCCGCCCGCGGUCCGUCGAUCUGGACAAGACGCACAGUGAUUUUACCGGCCGUGCUGUCACGUUCUUGUCCGAGAUUCGUCCCGAAGACUUCAACGCGCCGCGCGCUCUGUGGCAGAAGGUGUGGGAUGAACCUGCCCGGGAGCGUUUUAUCAAGAAUGUUUCUGGCAAGAUGGAGCUAUGCAAGAAGAAGGAAAUUAUUCGGCGACAGAUUGCCAUAUUCCGCGAGGUCGACGAAGAUAUUGCCACUCGCCUCGAGAAGGUGACAGGCGAGAAAGGGUACGACGGUAUUGCGAACCUUGAGUUCAACGGGAUAUACAAUGGAAUGACCAAGGAUGUGAAGCUGCGAAACGCCAACGGCGUGAUCCCCCCAGCCGGAAAAGCGACGACGAAGAAUAACGGGGCGCCAACAUACGGAACGCACGGCGGAGCUGCGACAAGGGAGCUGGCCAACGGUCUUCACUGA